GUCACAGAGAGAUUCGAAUCAUUUCCAAUUAAAUUUCGCUUAAUACUGACCCCCCACUCUCUCUCUCUCUCUCUUCGACGGCUCCAUUUCGUUUAUCUCUACACGACAAACCGGUGAGCGAAAUGGAUCAAAUACGAUGACGAAGGCGUGGAUUUAGAGACAAAUAGAGCUUGGAUUCGCAGAAGAAACCUCUCUCCUGAUCCCCAUCCGCCCUGCUGCUCGCUCAAUUUUCGACCUCGAUCGGUCGGUGGGCUCGGGAUUCAUCGAUCCUCGUAUCUUGUUUCUCAUCCGUUAGGAUUGCUGGCUAAUAUAUGGAGGAUUCCUUAUUAAAAUAGCACACUGUUAAACUCAGAUUUGUUAAUUCAGGUCUGCUUAACAGUGUUCUUGAUCAAAGUUUAAAUAUUCUACUGCAACACUCGUAAAGAAUUAUAUUAGCCCCAAUGCAAGGUCAACGCGGUGCAGGCAAUUUCUUUACUGGAAGUGUGGAUCUUAACCAGGGUUCUGCUACCAAUAGCACUGAUGUGAAUCCAGCAACUGCUUGGAGUAGCUUGCUAACUCCAGUAGAAAGCCGGUUGUCAAGUACGAUGCUCCCUUCUGCUGAAGGGAACUAUACAUACAAUGAUACUUUUGGUCAUAGCGGUCGGGGUUUUAGUAGGUGGGGCUUAGGUGAGUCCAGCUCUACUGCAAAUGUACAAAGCCAGGGCAUUGAUGAUGGUCUGAAAAUUGAAAAUGGUCGGUCAUCACUUGCUUGCCCUGGUUGUGAUGCAAGGCUAGAAGAAAGGCAACUUGAACCAUCUGUUCUUCGUGAAAGUGUAAGCAGUGGUAUCAUCAGCAACCACGCUACUGGCAGACCACCAGUUAUGCAGAGUUCCAGUUCUAAUCAUGUUCCUCUAAAUUUAAAUUUAAAUGCUGGACUUACAGGCAGUGAUGGUGAUGGUGCACAGGGUAUCCGAUUGGGUGCUUACCAUAAUCUCCACAGGUUAAGUGGACCAAGUGCUGAACCUAAUGUUUCUUCUGAUUGCGUUGGGACUUCUUCUGGUAAUUCUGGUUUUUUUCUGGAGAAUGAGAAUGAAUCAGGUUCUUCAUUAGGCAAUUGGGGUUCAUCCAGCAAGAGGAAGGCUCUUGCAGGCACUUCUGGAGAGUGUCAUCCUGGUGGGAGUUCAAGCAGCAUUCAACCAGCUGAAAGCUUUCCACAACAUGGUGCUUUUUCAUUUUUUAGCGCUUCUGGAAGCUUAAGUAUCUCAUCACCACCAGUAAUUUCUCCUAGCAUCAGUCCUCCUGAACAUCUAAAUGCAAGAAAUGACAUUGGUACCCGUGGAGUACCUUCUGGUGUCUUUUCUCCUUUACAAGUUACAGGAAUUGCAGAAAGCUCCUCAAGGAAUUUUGGUGUUAGAGGGAAUGCAGGGCAUACAGAAUCUGUUAGGUUUAGUUUACCUUCAGCAGGGAAUACAAUUAGGCAUUCUAAUGUAUUCUCUUCUCAUCAGACAUCUAGACCCCUCUCUCUUUCUGAUUUGGACUCUAGAAUGACUCCAGGAGCAACCAGUUUGAACAAUCCCCCAAACCCGUCUCAUUCCAUGAAUAUUUCUGAUUUUUCAAGGAAUGUGCUUCCUUCUCCUUGGAAUCGGAGUCUUAAUUCAAGAGCUAGUGGUUCUUCAAGUUCUCCAUUGGUUUCAGGAGAUAGAGGUGUAUCAUUGCGAGAGGAAGCACAUAUGAGAAACACCUCAGGAAAUAGCACGGAGCAUCCCAUGUUUAUUCCUGUAACUGAGAUGAGAAAUAUUGUGCAAGAUCCAAAUAAUUGGAAUUUAUCUACCAGAAAUACUAGCACUUCUGUAAGUAUGGCUUCUAGUUCUCGAAUUGGCCACAAUUCUACUUGGAUACCUCAUCACAACUCCCUGACACAGAAUCAGCAAACAACAUCUGAAUAUACUCCUUGGACUCUGUUUCCAUCUGUGGACUCUGAGUCUGGGGGUCAGAGAGGUUAUUUUUCCCCAUUGCAUUCAGACCCUUCUUCUUCGGAGGAAACUGUGAUGUCUUCUGGAGCCAGUAGCCAUAUCCAUCGUCGACCUCAUCCAAGAUUUGAUUUGUUGAUGGAGGUACCUAGUGAUGAUAUCAAUGGUUGGCGAGCUUUAGCUGCUGGUAUUGAGGGGAGGCAGAGGCUGGUAUCAGAGAUCCGUCAUGUCUUGAAUGCUAUGCGUAGGCUUGAGAACUUACGAGCUGAGGAUUAUAUGAUGUUUGAUCCGUUCAUAAAUGGGGUUGCUGAGGUGCAUGACAGGCACAGAGACAUGAGACUUGAUGUCGAUAACAUGUCAUAUGAGGAACUAUUGGCAUUGGAAGAAAGCAUAGGUAAUGUGAGCACUGGUUUAAGUGAAGAAACCAUCCUAAAGUCUAUGCCACAGCGGAAAUAUCUGUCUAUCAUGGAAGGAUCUGCAUCGAACAUGGAGCCUUGCUGUAUAUGUCAGGAGGAAUAUGCUACUGGUGACGAUAUCGGGUCGUUGGACUGUAGCCAUGACUUCCAUGUCAAUUGCAUCAAGCAAUGGCUGACACACAAGAACCUGUGCCCUAUUUGCAAAAUGACUGCCUUGGGUACGUGAGAUUUGGAAACGCCAUUGAAAUGUUGGACCCUGAGAAGUUUAUUUUCCUUGUAUAACAAAACCCAUUGCUUCGGUCGAAACUAUAGAAUCCUGCAUAAAACCAAUUUUUAUGAGUUCAUGAAUUGCAUGGAUUCAUAGAAGUGGACAGGGUUGUGCAAGCUAUAAAAUAGAAGAAGAUCCACAACAGUGGCAAGAGAUUUGUGUAUAAAUCAGAAAAAAAAAAGAAUAAUUUAAAUUUUCCAAUAAAAGUGACUGGUGAAGUGAUCCCUAUA